AUGUUUCUAAAUAAAUUCGGUUAUGUAAUUGUUGUAAUAAUAAUAAUUUUAGAAAUUAUUCAUUGUAAUGUUACAUUAUUGGAAAAAAAUACAAGUUCCGCAGUGAAUUCACCAUUGAAUUCAAGUUUCAAUUAUUCACUGUUUAAAACAAAACGGAAUAGUAAUAAAGCACAUAGAUAUUUCCGUAAUUCGUUCAAUCGAUUUUUAAAUUCAUUUCUACAAACACAACAUCAUUAUCAGUCAGCACAAUCGGAAUUAUUUUUGCAUGAUUUUAAAUUAACCGGUGAUUCUGUUGAAUUUAAACAAAUUGAACCAUUGAAUGUCGUUGAUAAUAAUGAUGAAGAGUUGAUGCACGGGAAUCAUAUACAUGAAAUUAAUUAUUUUAAGGAUAAUCCACGAUAUGAAAAUAAAACAGUUUGUAAAAGUCAUUAUACAUGGAAGGACAUAUCAUUAUCAUGGAAAAUUUUAAUGAAAAAUUUCAAUCCAAAUUGUACUCAUAUAUUGGGAAAUUUAAUUAUAUCUGGAUUAGAUGAAGAUGAUGAUGUCAGUUUGUUGGAGAAUAUUGAAGAGAUUUCCGGUUAUUUAGUUAUCUAUGGAGUUGGUCGAAAAGAGCUACGUUUGCCACGUUUAAAAUUAAUUAAAGGUCAUGAAUGGAUUAUGUUUAAAUCAAGAAAAGUUGCUUUACUUGUUGUUAGUAAUUAUAAACAAAUUAUCAUUGAACAAAAUGACUUACAACAACAACAGCAACCAUCAUCAUCUUCAAAUUUAUCAUCCCAAUCGAAUAAUGAAACAGGCAAACAACAAUUCGGUCUUAAACAUUUACAAUCAUUAGAAAUGACAUCAUUUAUAUCUGUUGUACAACAUGGAAUCUAUUUUUAUGAUAAUCCUGGUUUAUGUUAUACACCAUUCACUUUGAAAUGGGAUGAAAUGGUUGAAAGUGCAGAAUUACAAACGAUUGAUUUGUAUGCGUUGCAUUCAACUGAAAAUAUUCAUUUAUGGUAUGAAUAUUGUCAAUGUAAAUAUUUAAAUCAAUGUGCGGUGAAUAGAACAAACAAUAAAACAACCACAGAACAUUCAAUAUUCAAUUUGUCCAAUGUUGUACAAUCGAAACAAAUUUUUAAUGAAUUAUUAUUAUUAAGAAAUAAUGCAAAUGAUGAUGGCAUAGAAGUGAGAAAUUUUCAAAAAAGAGAUAUUUUUAAUUCAACAACUAAUCAUCCAUCAGUUUUAAAUUCUACAAAUGAACUCUCUGAUGAUAAUUUAAACAAAACCAACAUUCCGUUCAAUAUUCAUCAAUCUGACCAUUCAACGUCUGCAAAUCAAACCAUUGACAAUGUGACUAAUCUAUCCUAUUCAAAUCAAGUCAGCAAUGAAAACAUUCAACCUGAACAAUUACCUGUCGAUAACGAAUACCUAUUAGAGUUUAAUAAUAUUGAUCAAGAUGAAAAUGUAAUGCCGAAAAUCGGUACACAAAUAAAUGAAAUUUCACUGGAUGAGAAUAAUUUGGCCACAGAACAAAGUAGUUCGCAUGAAACCAUUGUAACUCCUACACAAACACCAAAUGAAAAUGUUACUUCAACUAAAGUCUUGGAUGAAACAGAACUUUCAACGGUUAAUAAUGACAGUGACGUUGGAACUACGAACGUGAUCGAAACCGAAACCACUGAGUACAAUAUCUCAGCAUGGAAUACUUAUUCUACAACUGAUAUUCUCCCACAAGAAAAUACUACAACAACAACAUCAAAUGUACAAAUUGACGAUGAAGAGAUGAAGAAGAAGAAAAUGGAUCUUCCAAAAAUUGACGACAAACCGGCAGUGAAUUAUCGAACUAUGGAACAUCCCACACUACCAUGUCAUACAUCUUGUCCAUCAAUUCAAGGUAAACGUUAUUGUUGGGGUCCAAGACGUGAUCAAUGUCAAACAGUUCAUAAAUGUCAAAUUCGUUUAUGUGAAGGAUCGAAUUGGUGUUUUCGUUCAACACCAAGCGAAUAUCAUCAUCAUCCCAGUAAGAAUUCAACUUAUCAUCAAUAUCAAGCAAGUAUGAAUGAUUUUGUCACUUCACGAUCUACAUCAAAAGAACAAUGUUGUCAUUCUGAAUGUGCAGCUGGUUGUGAUGGACCAAGAGCUCGUGAUUGUAAUGCAUGUUUACGUUUAUCAAAUGCAGGUCGUUGUACAGAUUCAUGUCCAGCAUCGAAAAAAUAUAAUAAAUCAACAUUUAGUUGGAUGGAAAAUCCUGAUGGCUUAUUAACAUUCGGUAUGAUUUGUGUGAAAACUUGUCCAAAAACCUAUCUAAGAGAUGGUGAUCAUUGUGUAUCGAAAUGUGCACGGCCAGGUUAUAUUGCAUAUCAAGGUGAAUGUAUACCUUGUGCAAAUUCUAUUUGUCCUAAAAUUUGUACAUUGAAAGAAAUUGAAACAAUUAAAGGCAUCGAUUAUUUACAUCGUAAAUCACUUCAUGCUAUGGAAAAUUGUACAGUAUUUGAAGGUGACAUUAAAUUAUCAAUGCAAUCGUUUAUUGGUGAUCCAUUUUAUAAUUUAACACAAACUGAUGAAGGUGUUCAAUGGAAUGAUCUAAUGAUUGGUUUAUCAAAAUUAGAAUAUAUUACAGGAACAUUAUAUAUUAGUGCUGGAUCUCAUGCUCCAUGGUUAACUAAUUUAACAUUUCUUUCAAAUGUGAAAAUAAUUGGAGGAAUUAGUCCAAAUAUUCAACAAACACGUACAAUCAAUAUCAAUUUAAAUUAUCAUUUAGAAUUUCUCGGUAUGACAUCAUUACAAAAAUUAGGUUAUCCUAGUUUAUUAAUUACUGGGAAUCCACGUUUAUGCUAUGUGGAUACAGUUAAUUGGGCACAAUUAUUAUUAUUAUCAGAAGACACGAAUAAUGAACAUUUAUCCACUACUAAUGAAGAAAUCAAUGAUGAAAGUCAAACAAAACCAUUGAACAUAUUGAACACUAUUCAAUAUUAUAACAACAAUGAUCUAUUAAUGGCGCAAAUUUUGGCGAAUUUUCAAAAUGAUUUGAAACGAAAACAAUCAUUGAAAGAAUCAGUUGGUAGUAGUAGUAGUAGUAUUUUUAUUAAUGGAAAUGCACAUUUUGAAUUUUGUAAAGGACGUGGAGCUGUUUGUGAUAAUUUAUGUCAACCAUAUCAUGGAUGUUGGGGUCCAGGUAGAGAAUUUUGUUUACAAUGUAAAUAUUGGUCUGCUGAAGAAACUAUUCCUCAUGGAAAAAGAAUAUGUGUUGAGCAUUGUGAAGAUCUACCUGGUUUUUAUACACCAAAAUUCAAUGAUACAUCAUUGCAUCAUUUAAAACAACAACAACACCAACAACAACUGUUCAAUAAUGAUGAAUUGAAUUUAGCGGGAGAUUUAAAAAAUGUUUCAACAAUUUUAUUACAAAAUAAUAAUAAUAAUGAUAAAACAAAUCAAUUGAAUGAAUUUGCUAUGGCAGAAAAUAAACUCAUUGAAAAUAAUCCUAGUUCAAUGUUUCAAUGUAAAAAAUGUUCCGAAAUGUGUAGUUUACAAAAUAAAACAUGCUCUGGUCCAAAUGAUGAUCAAUGCAUUGGUUCAUGUCGAUAUGUACAAGAUGGUCCAUUCUGUAGAGCUACUUGUCCACCAAAUAAAUAUACAGAUCCAAUAACUAAAAAAUGUCUUGAAUGUGCCUCAGGUUGUACACCACCGAAUGAUUUGAUUGAAGAGAAUUUCUACCACCAAGUGAACAAUGUUAUUUUUAAUCAAAAACCUUCAAAUCAACUACAUCAUUAUUGUACUGGAUCAGGUGAUUGGCCAGGUAUUGGAGGAUGUAAUUUUUGUAAACAAACUGUUUUAUAUUUAGAGCCAAAAAAUGCCAAUUAUCAUUUAAAAUGUGUCAAUACAUGUCCAUUUGGUACUUAUCAACAUGUAAUUAACCUGCAUCAUCGAGGUGGUUCCAGUGUAGAUCGUCAAUUGUCAAAUUAUUCUUCUUUUCAACAAAUCGCGACAACAACAACCACAUUUACAUGGAGUCAUACAGAUGCGAAUCAUUUUCAUAAAUUUCCACCAAAUAUCACACAACAAAUUGCUCAAUGGUUAUUCAAUUAUACACAAUCGAAAUUCUAUGGUUUAGCACAAAUUUGUUUACCAUGUAAUGAACAAUGUGAUUUAGUAAAUUUUCCAUUUCAUCAACAAUCUACUGUGAUGAUGAAAUCUUCAACUGCAGCGAUGGUAGCAUGCUAUGGUCCAAGUCCAGAACAAUGUGUACGUUGUGCAUAUGCAAGUUAUCAAGGUCGUUGUGUUGGAGCUUGUCCAACAGGAACUUAUCCAAAAAAGAAAUUAUUACGUAAUUUAGAUACUAAUGUAUUAAAUUAUCAUUUUCAUGGAUAUUCAAAUGACAAUAUUACAUCAAUGAAAUGUUUACCAUGUCAUGAUGAAUGUGAAUUAGGUUGUAUUGGUCCAACAGCACAUGACUGUACACGUUGUCGACAUGUGAAAAUUUAUUCAAAUUCUCAAAUGAAAUCAUGGUUAUGCAACACAACCUGUCCAGAAUUCAGUCCAUUUGCAAUAUCUGAUCAAAAAACUGGUGAAAUGAUUUGUUCCACUGAUUUAUUCAAUUUACACAUUGCACCAUAUGAGUCUCAUUCAAAAAAUCUCAUAAAAAUUGCAUUGAAUUCUUCAAUUGUCAAUAAUAUUAACAAUGAUAUUGAUAAUUUAUCCACCACUACCAUCGCGGGUGAUCAAUUGAAUUUCAUGCAAAAUUUUCAAAUGAUUCAUUAUUUUUGGUAUAAUCAUCAAUAUUAUUAUUUAUCAACUGAAGCGGUUGGUUUAAUUUCCGCCUUAUUAGCUUUAGGCAUUAUGUUAACAAUGUUAAGUUUGAUUAUUUACUGGACUAUACGUACACGAUCGAAAUAUGUUCGUAUUGAACAAGAAGACGACAACAUGGCUAAUCAUAAUGCAAACCGAUCGAUUUGUGGCAAAAUCAAUAAACUAUGUGAAUAUUUCUGGACACAAGGUCAACCACAAGUGAUUAUGAAAAAAAAAUCGAAACACUCACCUAAUAAUAAUAAUAAGAAGAAGAAUAGUUCGUCGAUGAAAGCCAGAUUAUUACACUGGAAUAGUAAUAAUAAUAAUAAUAAUAGUAAUAAUGAGUCAUCAAUAUUAAUGAAUUCUAAUUUAAUAACAGAUAGAAAUCAUAAAUUAAUCGAUUCGAUCGAUAAGGAAGUAUCUCUUACUCAUUCUGAAUCGUGCAAACCAAAUAUGGCAACGUUACGCAUAAUCACUGAAUCUGAAUUAAUACGUGGUCCAUUAAUUGGUUCCGGUGCAUUUGGUACAGUUUAUUGUGGUGUAUGGUGUCCAAAAUUUAUUCAACCGAAAUCUGAUUCCAUUCAUCAUGAUACACAUACUACUACUAUUACUACUACUAAUAGUAAUAAUAACAAUCAUAAUAAUAAUAGUCAGAUCAACACAAGAACAAAUUCUAUUGUAACGUCAAAUUCAAAUGGAUUCAAUAAACGCGCGAAUGAAACCGAAAUGAUGAAUUCCAUACAUUGGAACAAUGAUCAAAAUGAUUGUUUAAAUUUACACAUUCCUGUAGCCAUUAAAGUUUUAUCCGAUUCAGCUGAUCCACAAACAAAUAAAGAAUUAUUGGAAGAGGCAAAACUUACUCAUUCUGAAUCGUGCAAACCAAAUAUGGCAACGUUACGCAUAAUCACUGAAUCUGAAUUAAUACGUGGUCCAUUAAUUGGUUCCGGUGCAUUUGGUACAGUUUAUUGUGGUGUAUGGUGUCCAAAAUUUAUUCAACCGAAAUCUGAUUCCAUUCAUCAUGAUACACAUACUACUACUAUUACUACUACUAAUAGUAAUAAUAACAAUCAUAAUAAUAAUAAUCAGAUCAACACAAGAACAAAUUCUAUUGUAACGUCAAAUUCAAAUGGAUUCAAUAAACGCGCGAAUGAAACCGAAAUGAUGAAUUCCAUACAUUGGAACAAUGAUCAAAAUGAUUGUUUAAAUUUACACAUUCCUGUAGCCAUUAAAGUUUUAUCCGAUUCAGCUGAUCCACAAACAAAUAAAGAAUUAUUGGAAGAGGCAAAAGUUAUGGCAACUGUUGAUCAUCCAUGUUGUGUACGAUUUUUAGCUCUAUGUCUUACUUCAAAACUUCAAUUAAUUACAGAAUUUUUACCAUUAGGAAGUUUAUUAGAAUUUGUAAAAAUUCGUUGGGAUCUUAUUGAAGUUACAUCGCUAUUUCAAUGGUCUGAACAAAUUGCUUCUGGGAUGACAUAUUUAUCUGCACGUGGUAUUAUACAUCGUGAUUUAGCUGCUAGAAAUGUACUUGUUCAAUCGAAAGAUCAAGUACAAAUAACUGAUUUCGGUUUAGCUAAAUGUUUAGAUACAACAUCAAGUGAAUAUCAUGCAAGUGGUGGACGUAUGCCAAUUAAAUGGCUUGCUAUUGAAUCGAUACAAGAUAGAAUAUUUUCGAGUAAAUCUGAUGUAUGGGCAUAUGGUAUUACUUUAUGGGAAAUGUGUACAUUUGGACAUCGACCAUAUGAAAAUAUUCAUGCAAAAGAUUUAUUGGAUUUUUUAGAGAAAGGCAAUCGUUUACCACAACCUGAAACAACAAGUCUUGAUUUUUAUUGUUUAAUGUUACAAUGUUGGCAUGAAGAUCCAAAUUUGAGACCAACUUUUAAAGAAAUCAGUGUCACUAUAAGUGAAAUGAAAACAACACCUAAUCGUUAUUUAUUUAUAAUGCCUGAACUACGUUCAUAUAAAUUUACACAACAAAUUACAUCAAAUAAUGCAUUAGAAUUUUUAACAACUUGUUUAACUGAUUCCACACUACCAUUAACAUCUACUCAAACUAAUUUAAGUAGUAUACAAUCAAAUCAUCAAAUUUAUGACAAUAAUAAUAAUCAUAACAAUAAUAAUCAUUCUUUAUUAUUACCAGAACAAAGCCAAUCUGAUUUAACAGAUUAUACACAUUAUACACAAAUUAAUUAUAAUUGGUUAAAAAAUUUAUAUGUAAAUAGUAAAACAAAUGUAUUUCCUGAUUGUGUUAAAACUUUAUUGGAUAAUUAUAAUUAUUUAAUUGGAAUUAAUGGUCAUAAUGAUAAUAAUAAUAGUAAUAAUAAUAAUAACGAUAAUUAUAUUAGAUUUCAAAAUGAUGUCAAUCAAUUCCCUACUAGUACUAAUACUACUACUUCUACUACUCCUACUACAACCACUUCCAACCAAUCAACUGAUCAACCUAUCAAUAAUUACAAUAAUAUUAUUAGGAUUAAUUGUAUUGACAAUGUUGUGAACAAUAGUGAGAAACAUUCCAUCAACAGUAUAAUCAAUAAGAAUUUGUCAGCAAUAGCUGCUUUACAAAUCAAUGAAACUCAAUUAUCUAAUCAGUAUGAUGAGAUGAAAUGGAAUGAUGAUGAAGAGGGCAGAAGUAGUCAUGAUUGAAAUUGAAAUAUCAACACAAAUAGAAAGAACAACAGCACAACACCAAUUAUCAAGCUGAUUAAAAA